AUGAGACGGCAUUUGCAUGGAUUUGCGAGUAGGAUGGACAAGUCGUCGUUCAGGCCUCGAUGGGGCUUCGUCCUCAGGCUGGUCAAGGAUAAGUUGGUGAAGGCGGAGAAUGGCGGCGGGUGGAAGGGGAACGAGACGGAUAGCUAUUGGUUGAUGAGAGCGAGGCUAGGACUGGCUAAAGUGAAGGGCGUUGAGCUGGAUGCUUGCGAAGAUACAUCCGAGCGCAGUGUCUAUCAUGCCAGAGAGCGAUUCCUCGACGACAAACUGUCUGUAUGGGAUGCUCAUAGCAAUGUGCCGUACUUGCGAGCGUUGCUGGCUAUCAAGCGACCGAGUUCGACAAAGGAGGUAGUAUCAUGGAUCUGCUUCUAUCUGGAUACGUCUCCCAGCCAGUCCAUUGUCAACGUGUUGUACGACAUUCUCCUCGAUGCCGGGCUCGAUCUUUCAUCUGCUUCGAAGGAAGCUCUUUUGUCGACCGUGUGGCGUCGAAUCACUCGCAAACUCCCGAAACAUCUACCUAGUAGCGAUGCACGAUAUGACCUCCCCGAUGGCGACUCCUGGGAUGAGUCCGUAUUCACCAGCGAUGGUGGGGCCUCCAGCCUGGUGCAGGAAGUGCGUCAGGCUGUCUUCUUCCCUCGCUCUAUCUCUCCUUCUGGACCGGGCACAGCUGCCCAAAAGAUACUCUGGAACUGGGCCCGGCAUCAAGCUCUGAUCAUGUUCGAUCCUAACCUCUCGUCCUCCACCCGCUGGCACAACCUCACUCUUCUCGCGUCUGCCAAUUCCUCCGCUGUGACAGUGCCCGAUAGUGCGCUCAGUUCAGCGUCACAUUCACCGAUCGUCUCCGCCGACUUCCGCAUCUUAGCCGUCCUCGCCAUCCUCGAACGCCUUGUCAGCUCGUCAUACGGUGAAGCCGACGCCGAAAUUCGACUCUUUGUCCGUGGUGUCUGGCGUCUCUGGUACAAAGCCAUCGGAGAAGACCGAACCAUCCACCCCGCCAAAAUCCGACCUCUCAUCUCCUCCUUCCUUCAUCUUUCCAGAUUCACCAAAGACAAUCGCCUCCGGCUCCAAUGCCUCGAGCUCGCGGACUCUGGAUUCUAUAACUUCGACAUUGGCGACGAUUUCGCGAAGAGACAGGUGCAGAUCUUGGCUGCCAAUGCUAUGGCCGCGGCGGAGGCGUGCGGACAGUUGAGGUGGCAGGAGGGUUUGCCGGGCUUUGUGGUGCGCGAGGGGUGGCAGGAUGUGCUUUCGAGGCUUGCGAUACCAAGGUUGGCGAGGGUGGACGCGCUAAGGGCGCAUGAACUUCAUCAGCGUUGGAUGCCGCAUCUAGAGGUCACGCAGGACGUCGCGGAGCCGAUAGCAACGGGGUUAAUCCACGCGGGCAGGAUGGACCUCGCGUUGCCUUUUCUGUCCAUUCUACGAUUCGAGGGACGGAGAGGCCACAGGGUCUUGGAGACUGUGUUACAAGCGGUACACAGGGAACAGAACCGGUUCAUCGACUUUGGACUGGCGCAGGUCCUCGCUCGAGCGCUCAAAUCCCUCUAUUCCGCCACUCCUGCCGUCUUACGACCUCCAUCGCGACUUCGACGUCCGCUCUCGUUCGCAUUGCUCGCGCUCGUGAAUGCGGGACAUGCGGCCACGGCGUCCGACACGUACAAGAACAUCCGAUCCGCACAGCCUAGCUAUUUCUCCACCGCGUUCGACCACGCUCUGAUGAAAUGUCUAUGCAGCAACCGACAGUUUCGGCUCGCUGUCAGGUUGGUGGAUGAUGUGGAUGCUUCGCCGGCCGUGGCGAAUGAAGAGCACAAGAAGGCGUUGAGGGAAGCUUUGUUAAUUUCGCUCGUGAGGUCGGGUAGGGGGGCCUCGAGACUUGCGGGAUACGUUGGCAAGAAGAGCGGGGAUCGGACGUUGGCUGUCGUGCGCAAUCGAGCUAUGAAGAUCGCUUUCAAGUUGCGAGGAUGGACGUCUCCGUCGCGUGCUGGGCGACCUUCACCACGAGACUUUGAACGAAGUCGGGUUCUUAUACCUCUCGCGCAUCGACUUGGGUCGUCGCACAUCUUGGCGGAUGAUUCUAGCAUUACGCCGAAAAUGAGGACGUAUCUUGGGAACGUGCUAAUUUAUGAGAGAUUGUCGAGGCGGAGGAGAGAACGUCCGAGGGAUCGACUCAGGGCCGCGUUGGAGACCUUGGACGACUUGAUGCGAGGGAGGAAGAAGAAGGCCACCGACGGCGGUAGCGUUCACGUUCACGGGAAGAGGCCUGGAAGAGACGCGACCGAUGCUACUUUCGUCCCGGAUCGAGUAACGAUGAAUAUCGUGUUGAGUGGGAUGCUGGCCUGGGUGAAGGAGUGGGACGUGAUGAAGGUCAGGAUGCUGUUUGAUUUAUUGGUCAGGUGUGGGUAUCCGGCUGGGGAGAGGUUUUCGAAGGAGAAUGCACCGUUUGGAUCGAGUCGGUCGAGGGUUGAUGAACGUAUUUAUGGAGAUGGAGGGCUUGCUCAGAGCCAGACGGAUGAGAGUGCUCCAUUAGAGGCUGGUGCAAUCAACGCGGAGGGAGACGGGAAGGGCAAGACAGAGGAUCAGAGUCGGGGCCAGGGCGUCAUGGAUUGGGUGGAGUUGUUGAGGAUUGUCAUGCAGAGCGGGGAAGAGAUCCACUUCGGCCAGCACGUCAGGCCUAUGCUGAGGAUGUUUAUCAAGGCGUUGUAUGUGAGAGGAGACAAGACGGGGGCGAGGAUCUUGGUGGGGAUUCUGAAGGAUGUGGAGACGACGGAUAAUCGCGAGACGGUGGAGAGGAGGCGGCGAAGUGUUGGUGACAGAGGUGGAUUGGAGUAG